AAAUAACUAAACUUCUAAAGAACAUGAUGACAUAAUUCACUUUAACAUAUUUAACUGAAUAUACUUGAAAUAUUCGCGGUUUUCACAAACUUAUUUUACGCUGAAUUCUGAGUGGAUGGAUGUGAAUGUAUCAGAGUGAUCAUGCGAGAGGACUGCAAUUUUCGCGGUGACCACUGGGCAUCAGUCGCGGGCACUAUUGUGUUGACCGUCACCCUGGGCUUGUAUAUAGUGGGCUUCUUCUCAGGUAGUUGGGCAUACGGGGUGCUUGUGUCAUCAGAGGUCAGUGUAGAGGUGAACCUGGGCCUGUGGACAGUCUGUGGUUGCGAGGUCCGGACUGACGGGCUGAACAUCUGCACGUGUACCAGUAUCGAGGAAGGGCACCUUGGGAUUACUUUGGAAGUAUGGCACAAUGCGGUGCGGAUUUUCGCUGCUGUGUCCCUGAGUCUUUUGGUGUUCGCGAUGGUGACAACUUUCAUCUUCAUAUGCUGGAAACCACGGCCAAAGAUGAGAGUGAUGACCAUUGUGCUAGUGAUCGCUGCAGGAAGCCUCUCACUUGCAAGUAUCAUCGUGUUUCCAGUAAAACUGCUCGAGGACAAGUCCCCAAUAAACUGGACACUGGGGUAUUCCUACGUCCUGGUCGUCUUUGCCACGGGCGCGUGUUUGCUGAUGUUGGCGCCCUUGUUCAUAAUAGGCCAUGUGCGGACACUUGUGGUUAAGGAUAAACAAGAACAGUAGAAGUCUGUGGGUGACAUAUUAGAGAUGUUGCAAAACACUUAUUGUAUGGUGUGUACAAGAACACAUUACAGAGAUUUUUUCAAACGAGUUUUAAUCAACUGCAACUUAAACGGGCAAAAAGCUACAAGUAGAAGUGCAUGUCAGGUUUCAAUACCCUCGGCUGCUUAACAUUUAUCAACGGUGUUGCACUGUUGGCGUUCGCCCCGAGGAGUUCGAAAUCAGAUAGAGCUUGUAGGUUUAAAGCAGAUCUUUUAGACUCAGAUACUAGUAAACCAUUUAAGUUGAGGAUUGAUCACAUUUUCUUGCUUGUAUUCUGUUAGAACGCAGUAUGGCAGGAAUGCAAAUUUCAUUUCCAUGACGAGCAAAAACGCAAAAACAGUAACGAUCAAAACCUCUGUUUAUAUUUUAAACAAGGCACUCCAAAGGACGGCAUUAUCACCCGCCAUUGUUUUUUAGUAUAUUUUGUUUUUCUCGCAACCUGAUUGGUACGUUGAAUCUGACCAAAAUUGUACACAACCACGGGUCAAGAGUGGGAAUAUAGGAAAUACAAGUUGUUUGAUCGGUAACCUAAAUAUUCUAUAUAUAUGAACAUAUUAUAAAAGGAUAUUUGUUAAAGUUAUUCAUAUUGUGUGUAGUGUAGGUAAGAUCAAUGUCAAGGUUUUGGCUAAAAAAAAGAAGGAAAAUGA